AUGCCAGCGAUUCUGGAAGUGGGGCCUACAACGAUUACCGACGAGAAGCCACAUCUUGUCGACCCGGUGGUGUGGCAGCUGGGACAAAUCCUGGAGGCCAAUGCCCCGCUGAUGAAUGCUGGUGUGGAGCUGGAGUUGGAGGUUCGCCUGGGCAUUCUGCAAGGCUGGAAAGCAGGGCGGGCCAACCUUCCCUGCUCAUCGGAGGCCUUGCUGGUGCCGGGGUGUGAGAACUUCUCCUACAAGUUUCAGCCCGGUCUUCCACCCGAGAUUUUCGUGGAGUUGAUGAACAAGCUCGAGAAGCUCGAGCUGCCGUGCAGUGCCGCUGACGAGGAGGUUCUGGAUAUCGUGUACGAUGUGCCCCAUCAGCAGCCCAACAUGCCGCCGCGCCAGAUCCGCGUCUCCCACACGCUCUCCGAAGAUGCCGAGACCGGGCAAAGGCGCUGGGUGAACCCGGUGGCCAUGGUGAAGUCUAGGCGAGAAGCACUGGAUCUCUUCGCCGGCCGCUCGGUUCCCACAAAUGGGCCGACGUUCGAUCUCCGCGUCGCGCUGAGCACGGAGGCAAAGCUACGUGGCACAACGCUGCCGUCGCCAAGCAGCCACCAGGUGAGCAUCAAACGUGAGAAGAGGCGUCGGACCUUGGAUUUCAAGGCGUGGAAAGUGGACUUCACCCGGGUCCGGAGCGAGGCAGAUGGCAAUCCGGUGCUGAGCUACGAGGUCGAGCUGGAGUUGAAGUCGACUUUGCUGCGUAAGAACCUGGAGGCAAAGCGCAAUGGAGAUGAUACCCACAAGCUGUGGGAGCUGCUUACCGACUUCUUAGAUGCCAGCCGGGAUUUAGCUGCGCUGGCCUCUGAAACCUGGCCUCUCAAGAAGCCACCGGCGCUGAAACCGGAGCCGGAAGGUAAGUCGGCAGAGGAGAAGGAGGCCUACAAGAAGCGGCUGCCGGAGCGGCCCGAGCCCUUGAUCG